AUGGAUGAUACUGAGCGUCGCACAGCAAAGCGUUCGCGCUUCGAUCAAAAGGAGCCUGAGCCGAAGAGGACCUCUAGAUUCGAUAGACGUUCGCGUUCACCACCUGCACGAAAGGCAGAGUCAAGACGAAGCAGGUCUCCUCUUGGACGACGACCUUCUCGUAGCCCGGCUCCGGAGUCCACAAAGAAAGGAGCUGCAGAUCCAGCUGCUGCCGCAGCUGCCGCUGCUGCAAAAAUCAACGCACAAAUUCAAGCUAAGAAAGGUAUUCAACAUGCCGUCGAGGUGCCACCUAUUGGCGCAGGCGAAAGCCCCGUGGGAAAGUCGGCAUCUCCAGGAGCCGGAGCAGGUAAUAGCGCAAGCAAUAUCAAUGGUGAGAUGUACAUCGCGGAUGGCGACUAUAUCAAAGACAUUGAAGUCAACGAUUUGCGAAACCGAUACACACUGACUAAAGGUUCUACUCAAAAGACGAUUAAGGAAGAAACCGGCGCUGAUGUCACCACGCGUGGAAAUUAUUACCCUGAUAAGAGCAUGGCUACGGCUGCUAAUCCCCCACUUUAUCUCCACGUUACGAGUCAAACGAAGCGAGGCCUCGAGCAGGCGGUCCAAAAAAUCGAAGAACUAAUGAAGCAGGAACUUCCCAACCUAGUUGACGAACGUCGAUUCCGUAGACGUGAGCCUGAACAAGUUGAGAGAGAUGAAUUUGGAAGACGCAAAUGGCCUGAAGAGAAGAUUGCCAUUGACUUUGAACCUAUUCAGGGCUUUAACCUUCGUGCUCAAGUUGUUGGCCAUGGCGGAGCUUACGUCAAGCAUAUUCAACAGGAAACUAGAUGUCGUGUGCAAAUCAAAGGACGUGGCUCUGGUUUCAUGGAACAUGGUACCGGCCAAGAAAGUGAUGAGGACAUGUAUCUUCACGUUGCUGGCCCAGAUCCAAACGAGGUACAAAAAGCCAAAGAGCUCUGUGAGGAUCUUCUCAAGAACGUCCGAGAGCAAUACGAAGAGUUCAAGGCUCGUCCACCUCAACAACGUGGUUUCGGUGGCCAAAGCACCGGUUAUUCAGGAGAGCGAGGCUACGGCGAUCGCGCCCCAGACAGAUCUAACUCGUAUGGCGGAUACAAUAACAAUAACAAUAACUAUAACAAGUCACCAGCUCCUAACACUCCUAAUGUGGACAGUCCCUCAACUCCUACAGACUAUACCUCUCAACAGUCUCAAUACUACGCCACAGGUGCUGAUCCGUAUGCUGCUUAUGGUGGGUACGAGGCAUAUGCUCAAUAUUAUCAACAGUAUAUGGCAGCCAUGGCCCAAUAUCAACAACAACAAGAAGGUGCUCCUGGCUCAGGUCCACCUGCGCCUCCACCUGCAGGCGGUUCUGCUCCUCCACCGUCAUCAGGGGGAAACGGCUAUAGCGCCGUUCCACCUCCACCUGGAAUGUGA